CCUAUUCGAACGGACUUGCGAGUUUGUCUUGUCAAAUGUUUUUGUGUAUUUUAAAAGUAGUUUUCCCCUAGUUAAACCGAAUUUUAAAUUAUAAUUCUACGUGCAGUGAACUCUACGUGAAUCGAACUGUGUUUUAAAUUGUUGGUUAUCGUGCAAAACCCCCGUGGAACCGAGCAAUUCGACUUCAAACAUUUCCGAGUCUCGGUACGUUCAGAUCGUAACGGAGACCGGGGCAGCCAUGUUGUAAAGAAUCCUAUCUGGCAUCAUGGGUUAACGCGUCCAAAAUUGUCGCUCUUUUACCAAUAGGGAUACGUCGGGAAGUAAAAGAAAGCGGUCGAAUUAACGAGGAAAUCGUGAAUUUUUUGGCAGGCAAGUGCUUUAACGGUGUUGUGAGGCGAGUGGACCGCUCUCGUCGCCCGCGAUAUGUCUCUGCGCACGGGCUAGUGAAUGCAUAUCUCUACUACAUUCAACCAAGUUGUCGGGCAGCGCAGGGAGUUAACAACGUAACGAUAUAAGCGAAUAAACGACAGACUGGUCGAACUCGGAACUGCCGCCUCAGACGAGGAGGAGCAGCUUCGCAUCCCCCUAAAUGAAGCAGCAGCAGCAGGCAAAACCGAAAAACAAACAUAUUUCCGCCGCCGGUAUGUGUUCUUCCGCUGUCGCGUUGUUCACGCGCUAAGCGAUAUCCGUGAAAAAUCGCCCUCGUUUCCAGUAGUUGAAACGUGUGCGAGGCCAUUUUCGUCGGCGCGAUGGCCGAUAUCCUCGGAAAAGACCCGGCCACGUACUCCAGGGAAAAGGAGGCUUUCCUACGCGAUUUGAAGCAUUUCCACGAUACCAGGGGAACUCCGUUUAGGAGGUGCCCUACCCUAGGUGGUAGAGAGAUUGACCUCUUUCUGCUUUAUACUUUGGUUACCCAGGAAGGUGGAUGGAUCAAGGUCAAUGCCAAGAAUGAUUGGACGACGUUUUUCCCGCAUUUCAAACUGCCUGCCGUAUGCAGCAACGGUUGUGUGGCCCUUAAGCAAAUCUACUUGAGGUACUUGGACCGUUGGGAGAAGGUCCAUUUUUUAGGCGAAGAUGGUGACAGGGGCAGCGACGACGACGAGGAGAACCGACACAAGCGCUGGUCCGCCCGGGCUCUGAAUUCCGUGCCUCACUCAUAUCUCUAUUCGCAGCAUAAUGUUUCUGAUGAGAAACGUGAGCAAUUCCAUCUGGAUUCGAACCUGUACAAGGCCUCGGACUAUGACAGGCUGGCUCUCUCAUUGAUUUCGCCGCUGCCUAACGAGCAGGAUUUCGCCAUUAACGUGUGCACCCUACUGUCGAACGACAACAGGCAUAACUUGAAGUUGGACAAGCAUCCCAGGAUCGUCACGUUUUUGUUGGCGCACGCGGGAAUCUUCAAUCACAGCUCUCUCCGACAAUUGUUCGUGCACAUUUACAGCGACGUAAGAAAGAAGCCGAUCCACAAUUUCUGGAGCGACGUGCUCGAGUCCGACGAGUUCCUCGAUCUCACUAACGAAAAUAACUUCUACACGCGGAAGGAGGACGAAAAACCCUGUGAUACGCUAAUAAAGGACGACACGUUAAAAUAUGCCCUUCUCGAUUCGAGCGAGAAGGGCGGCAAGCGGUCGGAAUCGCGCGAAUCCGACAUCGAAUGUGAACUGGUAGAAGAUAGCUUAAAGCCGCCAAAGUAUUUUAGAUUUAAAUCCGAUCCUUCCGAUAGGGAAUUGUUUUGUUUGAGACGGACACUCGGUACGCAGGAUUACGUAGGCCAGCGAGUGUUGCAAGUAGCUACGAUCUUAAGGAACUUAUGCUUUAUGGAGGAUAACGUGUCGGUAUUGACUAAAAACUCGACGUUUUUACGGUUUUUGUUGUUGUGCUCGUGUUCGCAGUGGGGCACUCUACGCAACCUGGGUCUAGAUAUGUUGGGGAACAUAGCGGCCGAUUUUGACCUGAACGGUCAGAACGAUUUGUUGGGCACCUCUUUAUUGAAAGUAAUCAGUAAAAAUCUACAGAGCGACGAUCGGGCGUGUUGUCUGUCUUCGGUAGAAGUAUUAAAUAAAUUAAGCCAGAACGAGAGAAAUGAGGAUGUGCUCAUUCGCUCUCUGGAAUCCACCGUAUACAAGAGGGUCUGCUCGUUUCUCACUAUACACGACGUGAUGCUACUUAUUUAUACUUUGGAAUGUUUGUAUUCGUUGUCCUCGUUGGGGGAAAGGUCGUGUAAUUUUAUCGGGAAUAUCCAUGGAGUAAUUGAUACGUUGGUGUCGCUCGUUACAGUUGAGGGAAAAAGCUAUGGGCCAAAAGCUUGCAUAGGUAUGAAACUGGUGGAAACCAUACCGCCCGGCAGCCACCUACAGUCGCAAACGCAGCAGCAAACGAACAAUCAAACAAAUAAUCAACAGACUUCCCCGCAACAAGGCAACUCGGCUACAGCCACCACCAGCAGCAUGGAUAGCGGCAAUAUCGUUAGUUCGCCCCCACCGCCGUCUGUGACGCCCGUAAAAGUCAUGACUACAAUGUCGAACACCCCUAUUAGGAAUGUGACUAUUGCGCCCCAGAGGCUGUUAUCGUCACCCGCCAAAACUGACCAAACUACGACGCCACUGAAAACUGCGGUAGUAGCGACACCGACUGUGACUACAACUACUCCGGUAGUAUCGGCGUCCUCUGUUAUCCCAUCGAUGAGUCCGCAAAUGCUGAUUCAGCAACAACACGCCCAUCAGCAGGCGAUUCAGGAGAACGAACAGUUCGCGCUGGCGUGGUUAAGGGCGACGUACGAGCCAUGCACCGGAUCCAAUAAAAUUGACCAUCAAGAAUUGUAUAAGCACUACAUCAGUUCCUGUUCAAAAAUUGGUCGACGUGGCGUGAUAUCGCCCCUACAUUUUCCCAGAUGUGUUAGAUCAGUAUUCGGCGGCACCGUGGGUCCGAACCCGAUGAAACCAGCCAACCCUAGCGACCCUCAAUACUACGAGGGUAUCAAGGUGCGCCCGCAACCCCUUAAACUGAACAUUCCACCCCCGUCCCCGACUCCCAAACCAGUAGUAGCCGUACCCGUCACUGCCUCGUCAAACUCCUCGAAUACGACUAAAUCGGGGUCGCGUCGAAAACAAAAGGUGACGCCGGUACCCGCGUCCAUUAGCGGCGCUAAACCCGGUACCGUCGUCGGUACUGCCCCUCUAACGGUUGAGGCGGAACCGGGGUGCGACGGGAACGGCGGUUCGUUUCCUUCAGGUCCCUCCUCCCUGUCGAAUAAUCAACACGCGCCCCCCAUGUCCCCGAUCCUAAAGGCUCAGUUGAGCGCCCCGCCGAAACCGAGGGAGGGCUCGGGCUCUGCUGCGGCGGCGGCCGUUUCAAGUGAUCCCCCUAACAGUCAGGCGAUAUCUCACCCGCACCUGAGUCACGCCCUGUUAGGUAGCACCGCUUCCACGUCCGGUACGACCACUACGACUACGGCCGUAUUGGCCAAAAACGAGACGGGAACAACGCAGGGAGGACAAAACAAUAGCAGUUCGUUAAUAAAAAGCCUGUUGGCGAACAAGGUAAACGAUGCAUGCGUGCCCCCUGUGAGCAUGAAGGCUGCCACUACUACAACUGACUGUCAAAAUGUAGCUCAGGUGGCAGCACGUCAAAAGCUUUUAUCACAGCAAAACACUGCCAACGACAGCAACCAAAGAAACCCAAGCCGACUGGAAGCGCUAAAAAUGCACCGAAUCAACGGUGUGAGGCAACUGUUCGCGGAAAAAGAAAUCAACGACCCGUCGGUUUCAUCCACCACCCAAUUCGUGAGUUCGAUUAAAGGGAAAAAGGAACCGCCCCAACCGCCACCCCCGCCACUGGCACCUCUGAGCAAUAACACAAAAUCGAAAAGCGUCACUCUCGUGAACGAGGACAGCGACUCGCUGAGUUCCACUUCGUGUUUGGGGGCGGUCGGGAUCGUCUCGUCCACGGAAGAUAACGAUAAUUCUUUGACGAGUUUUGAAGGUCUGCUGAACGGCAUGCCGAUCGUGGAGGAGACGUUAAACGACAGCAGCAAUUCCAAAGAUUCCGUGAAAACGUCCAGCAAUGAAAUUAGCAUCGAUAAGCCGUUGAGGCUGGCCGAUUUGCUCGAGAAGAAAUUCGACACGAAGGGUCCCGCGCUCUUAAACGGGACGCUGAACAAAGAUCUGAAGUUGAGCAGCGAGAAGUCUGAUCUGUUAGAGAACCACAUUGAGAAAGCUUUAAGUAGGGAUAAUGUAGAUAUUAAGAUGGAGGUGGAGGAAGUGAUCAAGGAGGAAGUGAUUGACAUCAAGGAGGAAGUGCUGGAUGAGGAAGAGGUGGAUUCUAAGCAGGGUAUUAAACGACAAGCAACAGAUGAAAUCUCGGGCAUAGAAGCGAAAAAGGCACAUCUUUUAACCAACGUCAACGGAUCGACCGGAAGCUCCGAAUUGUCUAGCGCGAACGGAGACGAUCGACCGACGACCGUUUCGAACGCGGCGGCGAAGUUAUUCGCGGAUUUUGCCGCCGACAUCCUCGAAGACGAGGACGACGACGUGAUAAUCCAGGAAACGACGACGCCGGCCAAUCAGCCGCAACCGGUCGCCGAACCGGCAAUUCAGCAGCAACAGCAGCAGCAGCAGCUAAUCGUGGACAACAACCAGCAAAUGUUGCUGUCCCAGUCGAGGCAGAUGAUCGUGUCGCAGCCGACGGUACAUACGUCGCAGUCCGUCGUUUUGUCUUCGGGGACCCAACUGAAAACCACCUCCGGUCAAACGGUGAUCGUCCAGAAUGCCGGAAUGCAACCCAGACAAUCGGUACUCAUCCAGCCCGCGAACUCCGGGCAGCUCCUGUUGUCUCAGGGACUACAGGGCCAAGUUCAAUUGGUUCAGAGUGCGCAAAGCGGACAGUACGUCAUACAGACGAAUUCUUCCCAAGGUUACGUGGUGGCCCAACCCCAAACGGCUAUGGUCCAUGGUCAGCCUCAAACCGUACUUUUGACUCAGCAGGGCCAAGCCGUCGGUUCGAAGACGAUCAUAAUUUUGCAACAGCAGGCGUCGGGUUCGGCCAGUCACCAUCAAAAAGUCAUGGUGACCCCGCAGGGCCAACAAGUGGUCGUCACCCAAGUUCCUAGGCCUGUGGCCCAAGCAUCCACUGUUUCAUGCAACAAUAUCCAACAAACAAAAACAACAAGACCGACGCCAUCUCCGUCGCCAGCGCUAAGCACAACGUCUACGUCGUCCAGCAUGAGUAAUGGCGUUAAAGAAAAGUCUGAGGAGCCGGUUAAAAAGGUCGUCAGGGACGUUACCUCACUUUACAUUUGUGAGUGGGACGACUGUCAGAUAAAUACCAAAUUUAAAUCCGCCAAUCAAGUGUACCUUCACGCCUGCGAAAGUCAUUGCCCCAAAGGCGACGAGGAGGUCUACUGCCUGUGGGACCGAUGCGAUUCAUUGAAGCGUAAACGAUUCUCUUUGAUGACCCAUAUUAAUGAUAAGCAUUGUAAUCUCGAGGCGAUGAAACAUAGUUUGGUACGACGGAAAAAGAUCGCGCAAGGUUUAACGGUGGAACCGCCGCCCCCUAGUCCUUCAUCGCAUCCGGGAUACGCCCCAGAUGCGGCCCUUCAUGCGAUCAAGCGACACGCCCUCGAGUUCGUGAACCCCAAAGAAUUACAGAUCAAAACGACUAAGCAGGGCGCCACAACAACAAUAAAAGUUCAACUCCCACCUUCAGAUCAGGAUGAUAAUGAAGGCCCAGUAACCAAAAGUAUUAGAUUGACAGCCUCGUUAAUACUACGGAACUUAGUGAUUUAUAGUAACACUUCAAAGAGGUACUUAAGAUCAUAUGAAUCCCACCUGGCCAACAUCGCCCUAAGCAACGUAGAAUCGUCACGAACAAUAGCCCAAAUACUAUACGACAUAAACGACAGGUCGACCCACAGGUGACCGCGCAGGAUCCAAGUGUGAUUUGUGAAUUUUUUGUAAUGUGUGUGUAUAUAUAUACAUAUGUAAUUCUUUUCAUGAAUGUUUAGUUGUAAUUCUGCGUGAAGGGAUAUAAAGACCACACAGUUUUAUUAUCUGAAGAUCUGUGAAAAGAACGUUAGAUGAAUAAGAUUAGCCCGUAAGACAAACAUGUACGUAUAAGGUAAAAAUGUAAAUUAUUUAAUUGAAAUGUACAAAUGUUAGUUUAGAAGGUUAAAAGCCCGUUGUUAUUUUUAUAUUAUUUACUACUAGGGUAAAUCGAAUGAAAAAGGCAUCUGAACCAGUUGUUUGGACCUUUAAUAUUAAAUAAACACUUAAACUGUUUUUAUAAUUCUGUGCAAUUUAUUUUCGCAGUUGUGUUUUGAUAGUCAGUACUAAGCUAACGCUACUUAUUACAUUAUUGUAAAUAAUUUUUAAUUGCUGUAUUUUGGGUACUUUUCCAUUUUACAUGUGAUAGAAACGCAGUUUUUUUUUAAAUUAAUUAUUUUAUCAGUAUUAUCUGAACGGUAACGUUUUAAAGUGGUAGCCUGUUAAUUUUUUUUUUUAGGAUAUUAAUAUUACGUCACAAACAACGUUUUAUUUAAUAAGGAUCUUUUGUGUUAUAUACUGGGUGUUUAUUACACAUUCGGCAAAAGUUCGGGACAAAAUAAGAAAAAAAGCCUCGCUUUGUUUUCAAAAUACAGGAUGUGCAAAGUUUAAAAAAGAAACGUGUUUUUUAUUCCUGAUUAAAUAAUAGCUUUUAGAAUUAUAAUUUAGAUGUAAGAGCAUAAGGUAGAGAAUAUGCCUUAUAGAACACUGGUGAAGCAUCUUCCUUAAAAACCAGUUGGGCCUUAACAACUUUAAUACAUUCAUUUAGGAUUGUAACCACAUUAAUUACUACAACUGUUAAUCACACAGCAUAAAGACAUUCUGCAAUUGGAGACCGGAAAGUUAUGAGCUAAAUCAUAGUAUUCAUUUAACAUAAUAGAAACAACAAUUUUAUCGAUCACGUAUAGAACAUGACCAGAGCUUUUUAACACAAGAUGCGAAAAUUUUAAUUUAUAUUCAAAUUCUGACAACACAGUAAUACUUGACCCAGUAUCUGCCUCCAUCUCCACCUUUUUACCUUCUAUAUAUACAGUUUUAAUUAAAGCAUUAUUAAAGUUAUUUCUCUGAUGUUUAGCUAGAUUAAUAGUCCACAGGGAGGAUCGCACGGAAAUAUAAGCAUUGCAAGCUAUUAAAUUAAUCAAUAGUUUCGGAAAAUAAAGAAUAAUUCUAAUUAUCCUCGACAAAAACUAGAUAGUUAUUACACAAGCUCGCAUAUGCUGAACCUCAUGGAUCAAUGGGACUAAUUAUAUUUCUUCGGCAAAAUUCUUCAUUACUCAGCAUAAUCUGCUAAUUUUUCAAUGCUUUUCCUUGUAGCAAAAUUUCUUUCUCAGAAUCAUAUUUUUCAGAUGUACGAAAAGCCAAUAGUUCGACGUUUAACUCGUUUCGACGGUCAAUUUCACCGUCAUUUUCAUUGCUCAAACAGCAGUUUUUUCGUGGCAUAAAUAAAUCAGAAAAAUACAAAAGCCAUAACCUUUACGUCUUUGAUCUUUUGCCAAUUUUUCUCCAUUCUGAUGAUCUCCUUGUUCAGGUGUAUUAUAGUGCUUGAUCCAUGUUUCAUCCAUUGUUACAUACCGCCCUAAAACUCCUUUUCUGGCAUUUUAUUUAUCAAAAAGGUAAUCGAGAGAGCAGUCUUGCCCCUUUUCCUUUACAGUGUUUAUACUUUUAACAUAACCAAAUCGUUAAAAUUGUGUCGAUAUCACUUAUAUACGGAUGAUACAAUUUUAUGUGCCAUUCAAACACGGUUUUCCUAAAAAUAUUGCUGCACAAUUAAAUUUCGAAGAUCAUCUUUUAAAAAUUACUCCUAAAAAAUCUUUUACAAUUUUUUUUUGCAAUGUAACUCAGAAGUCAAUUGAACCUACCUUUUAAAGAUUUACUCAAAAAUCUGGGAUUAAUAAUGGACAGCAAACUAAAAUUUAGAGACAAUUAUCAAUCUUUGUCUAAAAAAAGCUUACUCGAUACUAAAGACAAUUUACUUACAAUAGGUAUUUGUCUCUAAAAACUAAACCUAUGCUAUGCAAUGCCCUAAUAUUAUACCAUGUUAACUUUGCGGACCAUUUGUACAGCUCUUUAUUGCAUAGCAUCGAUAUUAAAGGGUUUCCAAAAAGGUCAAAGCAAACAGUCUCUUUUCCGUUUUUUUUUUCUUAACACAAGUGUGAUGUCACUAUAUUUCUGAAAUUAAUGGUCGAACUGUCAUGAAAAUUCAACACGUUUAGUCUGAAGGUUAGCAGUACUAUCUGAAAGUCGUAGUUUUGUUUUAUUUGUCAAUUGUGACGACAUCAGUUGGUUAGUCCUGGGACUUAAAAUAAGGCCAAAUUUAAUUUUAUGAACUUUUCUAAAUAAAUGUCGCCAAACCAAAACCCCAGGAAUUUCUUAUAAAUUCUAAUAAGGUUGUAACACCAUAAAUUGAUUAACGAAUUUACUUUUAAGGAACAAAUAUUUUUCCUUUAAAACCUUGCCCAACCUAUCAUUUGGAAAUGAAGCUAUCCCGGAAAUAAGUACUUUUUUCUUAUUUUGACCCAAGAAACACCCUCGAAAAUUUUACCAAGCCAAGUAUAUACGAAACGCACCAAAAAUAAACUAAUUCAAUUUCUCUUUUUUAAAUAUAGUCCUAAUAAGUCAAUAGUGCUAUUUAGAAAUAACCUAACAUUGCGAAAAUAUAUGCAGUCUAUUAAAAAGAAUUAACAGGCUAAGGAUCCAAGAGGCAUUAAAUUACGAAUCUCUCACAAACAUGGAUGAUGACCGAUGUCGAGUACAUUACAUAAAUGCGCAUGUGAAAAAGCAGACACUACCAUUACAUCUCGAAAUACAUAUGUGCUUAGCAUAUCCUUUUAUCCAAUAAACUAAAUAAAUGCUGUAAACUACCUACUUAACAUUUUUUGUCAAUGAAAAUAAACUGCAUUUAAUGUGUGUCUAUUUUUAUA